UUGUAAGGUUAGGAAAUCGAUUCCAGCAAUUUUUAAAUGAUCUAGCUGAGUCCAUCUAAGUCUUUAACAAAUAGUCUGAAUCUAAAUCUGUGUCGUUGUUCCAGGUGAAUUUGCAUGACUUAGUACUGGGGAAUCCAUUCCUCGGAAAAGGUCUCUGUACGUAUGAAGUCGCCUGUCGAUCGAAUCUCCUGUGUCAUCGUCCAGCCACUAAGUUUUUCCUCUGUCCUCUUAUGAUCCAACUUUGAUUUAAAAAUGAAGUUCACCGAGCAUUUAGCAGCUCACAUCACCCCAGAGUGGAGAAAACAAUAUAUUCAAUAUGAGGAACUCAAAGCCAUGCUGUACAAAGCUGUGGAACAAGCUCCAUCUGCAGAACAAGUUGAAGAAACUGUGAUAACGAGACACUUUGCUAAGUUUGAUGAGCAGUUUUUUACCUUUUGUGAUCAAGAAUUGGCAAAAAUCAACACUUUUUAUUCCGAAAAAUUAGCUGAAGCGACUCGAAA